GGCUUGUAUACAGCCAAGCCCAGAACUGGGCCCAGCCAAUAAAAGGCAUCCUUGUGGCUAUGGCUGCAGUUGACCUUCUCCUUCUGUCGUUUUCCAGGAGCCACCGCAGGGGUGAAGGAUGCUGCUCUGGGUGUUCUUCCUGGUGAUCCUCACCCUCGACAGUGGCUCCCACUGCUCCCCGCCAUCCCUGCCCCUCAGAAUGCCUCGGUAUGCAGAUGCCAUCUUCACCAACAGCUACCGGAAGGUGCUGGGUCAGCUGUCUGCCCGCAAGCUACUGCAGGACAUCAUGAGCAGGCAGCAGGGAGAGAGAAACCAGGAGCAAGGAGCAAAGGUACGGCUUGGCCGUCAGGUGGACAGCGUGUGGGCAGGUCAAAAGCAGAUGGCGUUGGAGAGCAUCCUGGUGGCCCUGCUGCAGAAGCACAGAAAGAAUGUCAGGCGUGGGAAAGGCUCUGCAGGGGACCACUGUGGCGGCUCUGCCGAGGAGACCAUACCAACAAUGGGGGACAAAAGCCCCCUCCAGAGGAGAAGGCUGGCCAUUGAGGGCUGGCAGUCCACUUCAACCAAGAGAGGCGGGCAGGCCGAGAACCUGCCAAGGAAGGAGAACAAAGGAGGAAGCUGCUGA